AUGCCUGCUGUCUUUGCUUUAAUCAACGACCAGCAGUGCAAUGCUAGUUCUGCAUUGCCGCUGCCAUUGCCUCUAUCGACGACUAGCAGCUUAGAGCUGCAGCUAUUAGUUCAUUUCUCCGCCCCUACCACCUUCCUCAAUGAACAGCAGUCGCAUUGCUGCUCAUUUUGCCCCCCACCACCAUCUCCCUCGACAUUCGUAUCGCUGCCGCCAUUGCUCCCUGCCGCCGCAGCCUCCAUUGAUGAUGGCAUCAUCAUCUCUCUUGCCCCUGCCUCCAUCUUCCUCAACAACCAGCAGUUAGGCUGCUGUUUCUGCUUUCCCGCCAUCCGUCAACAAACCAAGCAUGCGCACUCAGCCAAAGCUGCUGGUUUCUCUCUCCAUUGCCCUCUGUCCCCUUCUUCUUUAACAAACCAGCAGCUCAAACCAGCAGCUCGCUAUGCUGCGGCUUUGGGCUGCUGGUCUGUCCACUCUGCCCCUGCCUCCAUUGACAACCAGCAGUGCAAACUGCUAGUCUGUGUUUUUACCGGCCCCGCCUUCUCGACAAACCUGCAGCUCACUCUGCUGGUUCUGCGUCGCCUUCAUCCUUGCAUCCUUUUGCUCUGCUGGUCCCCUGCUGCACCCACCUCCUUGACAAAACCAGCAACGCAAAGUUGCUAG